AUGUUUUUUCUCUACAAUCUUGAGCGUCAGGUCACCCUGCACCCAUCGUACUUUGGUCGCAAUAUGCAUGAGCUGGUGACUGGGAAGCUACUCAAAGAUGUAGAAGGGACAUGUACGGGACUUUACUACAUUAUCACAAUUAUGGAUACCUUCAACAUUUCCGAGGGAAGAAUUCUUCCAGGAAGUGGAUUGGCCGAGUUUACUGUUGGAUAUCGAGCUGUAGUUUGGAGACCCUUCAAGGGCGAGACCGUCGAUGCCAUUGUAACCUCAGUCAAUGCUGUCGGAUUUUUUGCGGAUGCUGGUCCGUUACCACUCUUUGUAUCUGCACAUCUGAUUCCUCGUGACAUCAAAUUCGAUGCAAAUGCAACACCACCUCAAUUCACAAAUAAUGAGGACUCUGUCAUUGAGCCAGGUACUCAUGUCCGAGUGAAAAUCAUCGGUACAAGGCCUGAAGUUGGAGCCAUGUUUGCCAUUGGAAGUAUUAAGGAGGAUUAUCUUGGUCUUGCCUCGAGGUAUUCUGAUUUCAAGCCUGGACCCCCCUCACAUCUCGCAUCUCGAUCCCGAAAUAACGCUAUUGUGAAUUCGUGGAGAUGGCGACCUUCGGCGUUUGCUCAACACUUUGAGCUAUGGAGGAUCGGUUAA